AUGGAUAGAAGUGGUAAAAUAAAAAAACACCAAGAGACGUGGUUUAAGAACGAUUGCAUCAAGUGCGCGUGUGUAAAUGGCAGUGUUAACUGCACCAGAUAUCAAGUCAAUGUCACCUAUGGUUUGUUUGAAGUGAAGACGUAUCCAAUAUGCGAGCGCUGUUGGCAUACCUUUGAAAAUGAUUCAUUUGAAGAUUGUAAAGGUAAAGAAAGUAACGAUCAUGCGAAAGCGAUUAGAUAAGCAAUUAAAAGGAAAUCCCUAAUGACGUGGAGGACGUGCCGAUCACUUUUAAUAGUUAAUGAGCAUUUUUAUUAAAUUUUAUAUGCUGUUCAUACUAUUUUUGCUUUACAUUUUUCAUCCCACUAGGGAUGUCAUAUAAUUAACUGAAUGACGAGUACUACUGACGCCUUUAAAAUCCAUUAUACUGUCUUUUGACUACAUAUGUUAAAAAAAUGAAGCUGGACUCCUUUCCUCGGUAAAACUUUUAAGUUUUUCUCGACGUCUAGCUGAAACAAAGAAAUUUUGAAAAUAGAUUAUAAUUUUGCAAAUAAUUCAGACAGAAUACCUACCUUGCUUCAGUAAUUUGAAAUGACAUAAUUUGGGAUCCUUUCAGUCCUUUAACAGAAUGUUUUUUCGUUUUAAUUUAUCUUAUUUUUUUUUAAGCGUUAAUAUUUAGCAAUUAUUGUAUGAGGCUGAGUAGGAUAUGAAGAAUUCUGUAGAUCGAGGUAGAUAACACCCUCCGAGAUCUGUAUAAUCCUCAAUAUCCUACGAAUGCCGAACUUAAUGAUUGCUUUAUUAUUUUUCAUUCAAAACAAUCCCUUGUUUAAAUACAAGCUAAAACGGGGGCACCCAACAACUGUUUCUAUAAAAUAUCUGUCCAGAAAAGGGAAUAUUGCCUUGAAUUUUCUAUUUCUUGAGCUCGGCUAAAAAUUUCUAGAUAACCGUUCCAUUCACGCACUAUUUUCAAACCUUACCUAAUAAAUUCCCUACGAUUUUCUUAGGUUUAAUUUUCGCAUUUCACUCUCCAGGUUAACCUAUUUUUCGUAGAAAAAGAAAACCUAAAAUUUUUGGAUUUGAAAAUGCGACGGAGUGAGGAAUCAGAAAUAUUCUGAGUUUCAUAUAAUUAUCUGUAAAUUGCACCUAACAUUUUCGGAAGAAUAAUACUGAAGCCCUUGUAAUUUCGAAAAGACUCAAGUUGCCCUAGGAUGACCGAACAGAUACAAAUUUUAUAGCACCGCUUAGAAUGCAUAUCUAGAGGUCUCAAAGAACUCUGGAUGACCUUAAAUGUUUUUAAUGUAUUUAGAAGGAAGCUGUCGUUGGGUGCCCCUACUAAAACAUGCUUACCUCCGUCGAAGUUUAUAGUGCAUGUUUAUCGGGACAUUUAGGAGAUAAAAGGGCUGUUUAGGUCUUCAAAUAUACUCCAAUUAACAGAUGUAGUCCGUCGAGAUGUCUUUUUGCUGUUCUUGUUAUGUUUUUUGACAACAGUUCGCCGUGAAAAGAGUUAGAUUUUCCACCAUUACUCACUUCGAAAUCAACUCAAACUCGUCCCCAGGUCUUCUACGUUAACGGUUCAAUAGUCUGCAACUUUGUUGCACUUUUGACGUCAUCGGUUCAAUAUGGCAACGCUAGCUGGUUAAGAUGUGAUUUUAGUCAAUGAGAAACGGAGACAUAUUUUGAAUGAAUAAUAAUGUCCCUUCUGUUUGGUCAACUGGCUCAACUCCCCUCCUUUAACAAGGGCUUCUUCCCUUUUUUUUCUAAAGCUUUUUUGGGGACUGCCAGUCAACAAAUGCAAGGACCAGCGAUGUUUAAAUGCUUCACUGGAGAUCAUUUUAUCUGGGACAGUCAUAGGUGCAACGGAAUCUUUGAAUGUCCAGACGGAUCUGACGAAACAGGCUGCGCAGAUAGUAAGAGAUUCUCAGCCUUUUUAAAGAGAUAGUAGUGUUAUUGGACAUACCUUUACCACCCUCAGAACUAGUUUUGCAAGUGAUCAACUAAAACAAAAUAAAUUGCCGCGUUUAAAUGUCAUUUCAAAAUUUGUCAAUUGAUUGUUCAAUGUUUAAGUAGAGGGGGUUUGUUUGAAGUGAAGACGUAUCCAAUAUGCGAGCGCUGUUGGCAUACCUUUGAAAGUGAUUCAUUUGCAGAUUGUAAAGGUAAAGAAAAGCUAAGAAAGUAACGAUCAUGCGAAAGCGAUUAGAUAAGCAAUUAAAAGGAAAUCCCUAAUGAAAUGGAGGACGUGCCGAUCACUUUUAAUAGUUAAUGAGCAUUUUUAUUAAAUUUUAUAUGCUGUUCAUACUAUUUUUCCUUUGCAUUUUUCAUCCCACUAGGGAUGUCAUAUAAUUAACUGAAUGACGAGUACUACUGACGCCUUUAAAAUCCAUUAUACUGUCUUUUGACUACAUAUGUUAAAAAAAUGAAGCUGGACUCCUUUCCUCGGUAAAACUUUUAAGUUUUUCUCGACGUCUAGCUGAAACAAAGAAAUUUUGAAAAUAGAUUAUAAUUUUGCAAAUAAUUCAGACAGAAUACCUACCUUGCUCCAGUAAUUUGAAAUGAUAUAAUUUGGGAUCCUUUCAGUCCUUUAACAGAAUGUUUUUUCGUUUUAAUUUAUCUUAUUAUGUUUUAAGCGUUAAUAUUUAGCAAUUAUUGUAUGAGGCUGAGUAGGAUAUGAAGAAUUCUGUAGAUCGAGGUGGAUAACACCCUCCGAGAUCUGUAUAAUCCUCAAUAUCCUACGAAUGCCGAACUUAAUGAUUGCUUUAUUAUUCAUUCAAAACAAUUCCAUGUUUAAAUACAAGGUAAAACAGGGGCACCCAACAACUGUUUCUAUAAAAUAUCUGUCCAGAAAAGAGAAUAUUGCCUUGAAUUUUCUAUUUCUUGAGCUCGGCUAAAAAUUUCUAGAUAACCGUUCCAUUCACGCACUAUUUUCAAACCUUACCUAAUAAAUUCCCUACGAUUUUCUUAGGUUUAAUUUUCGCAUUUCACUCUCCAGGUUAACCUAUUUUUCGUAGAAAAAGAAAACCUAAAAUUUUUGGAUUUGAAAAUGCGACGGAGUGAGGAAUCAGAAAAAUUCUGAGUUUCAUAUAAUUAUCUGUAAAUUGCACCUAACAUUUUCGGAAGAAUAAUACUGAAGCCCUUGUAAUUUCGAAAAGACUCAAGUUGCCCUAGGAUGACCAAACAGAUACAAAUUUUAUAGCACCGCUUAGAAUGCAUAUCUAGAGGUCUCAAAGAACUCUGGAUGACCUUAAAUGUUUUUAAUGUAUUUAGAAGGAAGCUGUCGUUGGGUGCCCCUACUAAAACAUGCUUACCUCCGUCGAUGUUUAUAGUGCAUGUUUAUCGGGAAAUUUAGGAGAUAAAAGGGCUGUUUAGGUCUUCAAAUAUACUCCAAUUAACAGAUGUAGUCCGUCGAGAUGCCUUUUUGCUGUUCUUGUUAUGUUUUUUGACAACAGUUCGCCGUGAAAAGAGUUAGAUUUUCCACCAUUACUCACUUCGAAAUCAACUCAAACUCGUCCCCAGGUCUUCUACGUUAACGGUUUAAUAGUCUGCAACUUUGUUGCACUUUUGACGUCAUCGGUUCAAUAUGGCAACGCUAGCUGGUUAUGAUGUGAUUUUAGUCAAUGAGAAACGGAGACAAAUUUUGAAUGAAUAAUAAUCUCCCUUCUGUUUGGUCAACUGGCUCAACUCCCCUCCUUUAACAAGGGCUUCUUCCCUUUUUUUUCUAAAGCUUUUUUGGGGACUGCCAGUCAACAAAUGCGAAGACCAGCGAUGUUUAAAUGCUUCACUGGAGAUCAUUUUAUCUGGGACAGUCAUAGGUGCAACGGAAUCUUUGAAUGUCCAGACGGAUCUGACGAAACAGGCUGCGCAGAUAGUAAGAGAUUCUCAACCUUCUUAAAGAGAUAGUAGUGUUAUUGGACAUACCUUUACCACCCUCAGAACUAGUUUUGCAAGUGAUCAACUAAAACAAAAAUAAAUUGCCGCAUUUAAAUAUCAUUUCAAAAUUUGUCAAUUGAUUGUUCAAUGUUUAAAUAGAGGGGCCAGGAAAAGAUGAAUUCGGUUAGAAAGACGGUUGAACACAUACACUAUCCCCUCGAGAUGUCUUUUUCCCCAAGGUUCUUCAUUCUUGACUAAUAAGCUUAGCCAUUCAGUAUAAAUAAUAAUACUUGUUGGUCCGAAUUCCUUUGUAAUAAAUAGUGUUCUUUUGCCAUCCUUUGUCUCAGAAGUGUGUAAAGAUGAAGAAGGGGGAACAUAUCUUAUCAAAAACAGCAAAUUUGGCUGGCGUGUCUCUCCCUGCUUAAGUUGUCGCUGUUCAAGAGGCUUGCUGAACUGCAAGAAAACUUUGGAAGUGUACUUUCCAGGAUACUACUACGGCAUUUAUGUGAUCCAGGAAAAUUGCACACAACCUUCGUGCAAAGUUUCUCAGUUUCUACGAAACAAAAAGGACGAGUGUAAAGGUAUUUUUAAUUUAAUUUAAAGCAUUGAAAGAAAUCCCUGUUGCAAGGUCAUCUGCGCUUGCCUAAGAUUUUGCACUAAUUUCUUGAUGCCAGUAAUAUGGGAGGCAUCACAGAAGAAUAAAAAACUUUUAGCAACGGCUUCCCCUCUCCUCAAGGACCAACAUUUCCAACUUUUAAGACGAGGAACCAAGAACAACAAAGUGGAUGUGGCUGUACUACCUCCAAAUCAUAGGGGUCAUCCACUAGAUUAGCCUUUUCUAUUUGGAUGAUCCCAACUCGCUCCCUAUUUUGUUGUUACAUUUUUCUUUUAUUCCUUAGUUAUCAAGUCAAGUCAAUUUUUAUUUAAACUCACACAGAAUAAUAAUUAAUACAAAUUAGUGCUUUGAAAUAUAAAAUCGAGAGAUUGUGAAGGAAAAGAAAUUUUCAAUUGUUGGUUCAUUGUGCAGAGUUUGGGAUACCUAAACAGUUCGUGGAACUAACCGAGUAGGUGACCCAAACAAGAAUAUGAGUAGAAGGAAUAUAGAUACAAAAUAGUUGUUUUGGGAUCAUCUAAAUGGAAAAGGCUAAUCUAGUUAUGUUUAGUUGCCUAUGUCAAUUUAACCUUUAUGUCAUGUAAAACUGAGCUGAGUUUAUUUUAGUUUGUCCACAUGUUUAUGCAAUCAAAUAACUGUUUCGCUGUCCUUUCUUACUAUGGCUAAUUACGCUACGAUUAUGUACGUGCCCUUUUAAAAAGUGCGUGGCUAGCUUUGGCCAUACUUUGGCUCAUCGAACGAAGUCAGUUUGGUUAAGGUGAUUCCCUGGUUUUGCACUGCGCAUCUCUUACUGCGCAUAACAAGAUGGCCUCCGUAAAAAAGAGCAUGUGAAGUAACAUUAUUAAAAUGAAGUUGACCGAAGAGAAACGCUAUUGCAAUUUUUGCUUGCGGUUGUUUCUUGCCGAGGUGAGACUCAAUGUGGUUGGAAUGUGCAUAACGUAAGCAGUACGCGUGUUGCUGAGUUCGACUUCCUAAGGAGAACCUCGAUAGUGGAUGUUUAAUUUGCGCUUAUUCACUUUGAUUUUCAUUUAAACGCUUUCUUUAUCACAUUGUGCCCUAAAUGUGAUUUCUCGAUGUAAAUUCUGUAAAAACGGAUGUUUUAAUACUUUCUUCCCCCUUUCGCAUACAUUCUAUUUUGAAACUCGCCCCAGUCCUCUCUCAAAAAUCAAGUAAAAUGCAUUUGGUGCGCACUUUCUGCAGCUCUAGCGCAAAAACGAAUACGGUGGCCCCCAUUUUUUAUUUCAUGAUUUUAAUAAGGACAGUGCUUCCUUUCAGUGAGAAAAAACUUGGCACAAAUCUAUGUUCAGUUUUUCGGCAAUUUUACUAAAUUGUACGGAUCGAGCUAUCACGUGUCGAAUAGGGCGUGUCCAAUUUAAUUCUACUUUGGAGCGUAAAGUAAAAACAAGGGCAUUAAAAGGCAUUUUUCUGGUACGUAAGUGGAUAAACAAUACAUUGAAGUCAAAUUCUGUGCGAUACCACAUGCAUCAUUGAAAAACUCUUUCCUUUUUGUCUAGUUUUGGGCUGCGGGUUGUUUUUGUCAAAGGGUCCAAAAUAGCCGUAUUUGUCAGCAUUGUGACGUCAAAACGAGCACGGUGACCCCCACUUUUUAUUACCUUUUUAUCAUCUUCUUGACUGGUUACGUCAGUGUGCCAAGUUUCAUCUACAAUCUAUGUUAGGUUCUUUUACUAGGGAAUCACCUUAAGAUGUUCUUAACAAAUUCUAUGUUGAAGCAGGACUAAACAACAUUGAUGACCUCUGGUUUUCAGCUGUGGAAAUUUUGCAAAACAACGGACUACUAUUUGCGGGACAAACGUGGAACUUCAGCGGCUGCACCUUCUAUUUUCCUGGACCGAACGAUGAAGUAGGAAGGAUCUGCCCGCCAAUGGUCAGACCAGUAUGUUAUGUAUACAAUGGAGCAGUUUGCUGUGCGUCAUAUUGUCCAGGUAGGUAUGUAAAACUGUUUGAAAAAACGUUGUCGCUUGAAAAGUAUAUAAACCACGAACGAUGGGACAUAUGGAUUUAUGGGUAGAACUUUAUUAGCAUUGCAAAUUUAAAGUUAUUUCCAGAAAAAUUUACAUUAUCGAAGCUUUUCGCGAUCUGAUGCAUUUCAAAAAAGGUCAAACGGUUUCCAUUUUUAUUGCCGAUAAGCUCACAACUUCACCUAUGCAGGGCACAUCUGGGACCGGAUCUCUCGGUACAGUUAAAAAGCUUAGCUAUAUUACUAACAGUACAGUACAAUACAGUUAAAAUCCUCCAGACGGUAAACCUGUUACCAUAGUGUUGCAUUGGCGACUUCUUGUACACGGUCGACCAGUGCAGCGAAACCACUUGAAAAUCUUCAUAUAUGACCUAAAAGCUUUCUUGGAAGACUUAAAAGACAACGGCAUGACAAAGUACUCUAGGUAUUUGCUUCCGUACCAGCAGCUCGUGAUAAUGUUAACUUUUGUUGAAAGAACUUUGAAUUUGUCUUGCUUUUAAAUGAACGUAUACCAAUAAAUCCUUGAAGCCUCUUAGUUCACGGUUUAUUCUUUACAAGUGAGAACGUUUUUUCAAUCAGGUAUAAAGGUUUUGCAAUUUUCUUUCGAGAGCCAACAGGGCUGGUUUGCAUAAGACAUCUUCAGAUUACAGGAAUGCGUAAGCAUUGUUUUAAAAUAAGCUUUUUUUUUUCCAGUACAAUACCUAAGAGUUUUCUUAUCUUGAGAAAGUUUUAUGCAACCGGGCAACGUUAGUUCAGAGAAUGCUGUGAGGUGAUUAUAAUGGUCAUAACAUCGGCACAACGUGUGUUGAGAGAAUGUGGUGAGAUGAAGAUGAGUUAAAAUAUAAAUAUAUGCCAUCCUUUCUAUAUAUGAAUAUGCCCGCUAUUUUUAUUCCACGAAUGCAACUCCAGUUGGCUGAGAGGAGCUGGCUAAAUAGCUCCCCUGAGUUCCUCAACUUUACCUGCAAUAAUUGGGCUCAACUCUCAAUAUUUUCCAGUCUCUGUUUUACUAUAACUUGAAACCCAUGAGCGAUUGGUUCUGGGCCCAGUUGUUCGAAAGAUACACAGCGCUAUCCAUUGGAUAAAUCUCUAUCCAGUGGAUGGCGCAAUUGGUUUUCCUAUACUUAUCCGCUGGAUAGCGAUUUAUCCAGUAGAUAGCGUUAUCCAGCGUUUGAACAACCAGGCAUUCAGAACUCUUAUUGAUCUUGUCACGUAUAGUGAGCAAAUUUACUCAAUUACACACGGAGGGAAUCGAAUUACAAUGUUGGACGUCUGUGCUUAUCGAUUCAACAAGAUACGAGAGUUCUGUUUUAUUAUGUUAGUUUGAUCGAUGGCGCAACACAUAUGUCCCCAUCAACUCUCCGACAAAAUUAAUUAAGUACUGACAAGUUUUAUUUGUUUAGCAUUGGAGGAAGUUUCAAAGCAAAUGAGAGGAAAUCUGUCAAUUUGCCCAAAUAGCCAUCAGCUGGUAUCCUCAGAUAUCGACAAUGAAUGUAAACUCACCUAUUGCUUUCGUAAUUAUUCCAUGAUAAGCUGCAAAACAGGUACCAAAUGUAUGUAAAACGCCAAAUAAUAGUGUAAACUCGCCUUAAUAUUAGGAAUACAUUUUGUAGGCUGUCAUGAAGCGGGCUUAAACUAAAGUCACUAAACACCAGAUAGAGAACAACCUCUUUUAUCCAAGGAAAAGCAUAGUCGGCAUAGAGACGUGGUUCAAGAUCUCUCACUCUUUUAUUUAUAAAGACUAAAUAAUAAUAACAGUGUAAAAAAUGGUGUUUGUAAUCAGAAUCGACCAGCCGGACCGCAACACUUUAGUUGUAAAUAAUGGAAAUAUGACUGAGUGGAGUUCAAUCUGGUCUGUAGACCGCGAGUGAUUAACAAAACAUGCGGUCGUAGGAUUUGUUUAAUGACGAGAAUGGUUACAGACCGAAUUGGAAGACAUGAAGUUCUGUCACUAAUUAAUAGUAACUAUAACAAAAAAUAUUAGAGAAUUUUUACAAGCAGCGAAAAAACAAAACCAUUCAAGCGCCCGCGCGAUUGCGCGUACUGUCUGAUUACUUAGGCCAGAAACUCAUAAGCGGUUUAAACGUGUAACUCGGAUGCUGGUAAAUAUUCACUUUAACCAUAUUUGGAAACAAAAUGGCUGCCGCACGAUCACCAUGCAGAUGUUUUAAGACAAGAGUUCUGCAUUUAAAGGUUAAAAAUACACCGUUAAAAGACAAAAAAUGGAAAGAGAAAGUGCAAAAUAAUGCUCGGCUUUCUUUUUGUGGAGGAAGGUAAGCUUUUCAUCAAGAAAUCGUCCUUCGAGGAAUUCAACCUUGUUUUCUUCAAGACGGAGCCCAUAGUCUAUUUUGAAAUGCAACCAAGACAGUGAAGUUUUUGCUAAACUUUUCAGGUACAUUUUGUACUCUAUGGCCAAGAAAAUUACGUUUUUGAAAGGGAAUUUAUGUAUUUUUAAAUGUUUCAUAGAGGUUUUAUAAGUUGUUCUCUUCGGCGCUAAAGAAAAAUUACAAAAUGUGCCCCGAUUUGAGAUGGAUUUGUGUUGAAUUUUGCCAUGCGCUUAGCCUAUUUCACUUGCGUGAACGGAUCCACGAUCCAGAUAGUGUUUUCAGAAUUGCUUUAAAGGAUUAACUUUUUGGAAUUUGAAUAAAAAUUUUCAAGAAACGGCUUCUCUGUCUAUUGUUUUGAGUUUGUUCGUUCAUACAACUAGCUUAAAACACUAUCGUGACUACAACAUCCAAGCUGAAUUUAAACCUAAAUGCUUCUCACAUGCAUUACUCGCAUUACUUAUUGUGAAGAUGUCAGGUUUAGGUUUUGGACACUUUUCCACACGCAGCUAAUGAAUUUUAUUCGAAAAUAUUUUUUCCUGUUUAUUCUAGACUUUUAAUAUAAGAAUUUUAAAAGCCUGUAUUUGCUGUAUAAGCGAAAUUACUGUGCAGAGGGUCAACGAGGCAUCGUCUUUUGAAGUGGAAACUUCAAGAAGUUGGGAGGACGUCAAUGGGUUUCAUAAUGUUACGUUUGGACCGGGUGGUAAGGCAAUAAUAUCCUGCUCAGUGUUUCGGUAAGAUUCCUGGUUUUAACCUUUGAAAGCUUUCUCGCCUUCGAUAGUUUUUCCCCCGUUUGUCGGCCUUCUUUUAAAGCGGGCGCGGGAACCUGAAGUAAAAUUACGCCACGUUGUUUACGAAGUUUGAUUGGUCAGUUGUCUCUUCUUCUCGUUCCAAAUAUGGUACUUUCGAAAAUGAAUAGUCACGAGCAUCGGACAAAGCAAACAUACGAGAGUUACACGUUUCAACCCCUUAUGAGUUUCUGUUAGGCAUGACGCUUGCUGUUUCUUUUACACUGUUUUUUUUUUUAAACUGUCCCAUCAGUGUUGACAGGGACAGCUGGCAGUCAAUCAGAUUUGAGAAUUUUAUAUUUUGCACAUGCCAUCUUUCAAACAAUCUUAUCAACAUUGUCUACUGGUUUGUGGUUUUGUGGCUUGCUCGCAUGUCCUGGUCAUUCUUUUGACUGGUCACAACACAAUAAACAUUCGUGAAUUAAUUUAUGUGUUCAGAAAUCAUUUGUUCACUUGUUUUUUUUUUACGGGUCCUGUUUAAGCCAUAGCAUGUCAAGAUGAAGAG